AUUACCUUUUUGACCCUCAAUUUCCAAAAACCCAAAACCCCGUAACUCUGUAUCUUCACCACUGCAGCCAUUCAGCUUCAUUCUUCAACGCGAGCAAAAUCUAGCGGCUUUCCGGUCAGUUCUUCUCCAUGGCCCUGAGAGGUGUGUGGCAGCUUCAAAAGCUGAUUGUGAGCUAUAGUGAUUGGGGAGGAAGUAGCAGGGGCAUCAGGGCAUUUAUGGAGUCAAAGUUGCCUGCAUUUAAAGAGAGCAACCCUCAGCUCGAGGUGGUUACUGAACAUAUUCGCGGACAGCAUCCACAUUUGAAGGCCAUUUACAGGAACCAUAACCAGCGGGUGGUAUGUGUAAAGAAUUUGACUCCGGAAGAGAUACUUCUGCAAGCAACCAGGCUAAGGAAUGCAUUGGGAAGAAAAGUGAUAAAACUGAAGACAAGACAUGUAACCAAGCAUCCAAGUGUUCAAGGUACAUGGACGACUGACAAGAAAUUUUGAGCGACAAGAAAAUUAAAUCCAUUAAAAGCUGUUUAGUUCAUCUUUUUCUUUGUUUUAUUCCUGUGGAAGAUACUCUCCUAAGUGAAUCUGCUAACUUGGUCAUAUUCUAUGAUUCAAUACCUUUCGAAGAUGUUUCUUUCCAGACUUGAUCGCCUAUUUAUCGCUUUGAAAAAGCAGAACAUGUGUUUUGUUAUUUUCUACUGUGAUAAAUUAUCUGCACGGUCACAUGAAGCCAAAUGAACAACUUGAGAUUUACUUUGAUGAAUACUAUGUGGUUCUGUAGAUUCCCACCUGGAAAAAUGUAGUUUAUAGUUACA